AUAAACAAUCAAAGAUCAUUUCUGGCCACUUGAUGCUUCUUCUACUCACUGUAAGAGCCAAUUUCUCAUUCACCUAUGACGCCACUUAAGAGAGCAGUUAAGAAAAUAGCUACUACACUAGCUAAGACACUGUUUAAAAGGCCCGGGCGCCGAAGAACACCACCGAGUCAGUAUGAUAACCUACCAAAGUUCAGCCGGUUGACGAGCGAGAUUCUACAAGAGCUACGCAGAAAAACCGAUCACCUACGGCCUCAAUUUCGCUAUUGGCCUCACAGACUAUCCCAACUCGCCCCAGAUUAUCUCGAAGACUGCUCAAUAACUCGCUUGAAUGAUAUCAGAAGGUUCUCUAGACGGGGAGGUGCCGAUCUUUCAGAUCUUAGAGGUGUAUGUUGUUUCGCCCAUCUAUCAACAGAUCAAAAUUAAUUACUCAAUUUCCAGUUUCCACCACCUAUGUCUUUUCAGGCAUAUUCAAUAGAUCCAAGCUCGUCAGGUUAUGGCCACAAGAGAAAGGAGAAGAAAGACAAUAAGAAAUAAAAGUUGUUUGUCAAUGGCUGGCUAGGGGCUCAAGGAAUUUCAUGUCACCACACGCAUUUUUCGAC